AUGCCAUACGUGUAUAGUGUGUAUUGUGCAUAUGAAUAUUUAUUUCUAAUUUUUCGUCUUCGUCCCUCUCCCUCUCCCUCCAUCCUAUCCUGGCAAAGAAAAAAUAGGCGCAUUGAACGAAGAAUGACUAAAGCGUUUACCAUCGUAAUCAAGCUGGGCAGCUCAUCGCUUGUCGACGAGAGCACGAAAGAGCCAAAGCUGUCGAUCAUGACGCUGAUCGUCGAGACCGUGACGAAUUUGAAGCGCAUGGGCCACAAAGUGAUCAUCGUAUCCAGCGGCGGCAUCGCGGUUGGGUUGGACGCGCUCAACAUCCCGCACAAGCCCAAGCAGUUGUCUGAAGUGCAGGCGAUUGCCGCCGUCGGACAAGGCCGUCUCAUCGCGCGCUGGAACAUGCUGUUCUCUCAAUACGGUGAAGAAACCGCGCAAAUCCUGCUCACGCGUAACGACAUAUUGCGCUGGAACCAGUACAAUAACGCGCGCAACACCAUCAACGAACUGCUGGCCAUGGGCGUCAUCCCCAUAGUCAACGAAAACGAUACGCUGUCCAUCAGCGAGAUCGAAUUCGGUGAUAACGACACGCUUUCCGCGAUCACCGCUGCUCUCGUGGGUGCGGACUUCCUGUUCUUGCUCACGGACGUGGACUGCCUCUACACGGACAAUCCACGCACUAACCCGAACGCCCGCCCCAUAGUGCUUGUCCCGGAGCUAUCCGAGGGCCUGCCCGGCGUCAACACUUCCAGCGGUUCAGGCUCCGAGGUCGGCACGGGCGGAAUGCGCACCAAACUCAUAGCCGCCGACCUCGCCUCUAAUGCCGGUAUCGAAACUAUCGUGAUGAAGAGCGACCGGCCCGAGUACGUGCCGGCAAUCGUCGACUACAUUCAACACCACUUCCACUUCAACCCGCCCUGCUACGCCGGAAACGGCACGCAGCAGCAAUUCCUGGAGCUGCAGGAUGCGGAACUCGAACAGCUGCGCCACCACAACGUGCCCCUGCACACUAAGUUCUUGGCUAACGACAACAAGCACAAGCUCAAGAACAGGGAGUUCUGGAUCCUGCAUGGGCUCAUCACCAAGGGCGCCAUCAUCAUCGACGAGAACAGUUAUGACCGGCUCUUGUCCAAGGACAAGGCCAGCCUGACUCCAAACGCGGUGAUCGAGGUCCGGGACAACUUCCACGAACUUGAGUGUGUCGACCUCAAGAUUGGCAAACGACUGCCCAGCGGCGACUUGGACGACUCGCAGCCGAUUCAGUGCGUCGGGCGGGUCCGCUCCAAUUAUACCAGUUUGGAGCUUGCCAAGAUCAAGGGCUUGCCGAGUGAGAGGAUCCACGAUGUCUUGGGCUACAGCGUCAGCGAGUACGUUGCCCACAGAGAAAACAUUGCCUUCCCUCCGCAGUUUUAA